AUGGCCGGUCAAAUGGCACGCCAUUAUGCUCCCGACAAUUUGCUUGUUGUGUUACUCCAGCAGCUCGUCUCAGAACCAUCCGGAGAUGGAGAUGAUGCUGGUAUCCGUCGACCACGGCAGAUGGCGAUCUUGACCGUUUGGGCAGUAGCUGGCGGCAGUGGCAAGGCCAUGGAGACCAAAUUUGGUUCGGACAGACAAGCUGCGCUCACUAUGGCAGAGUGGAAGCGGGCGGGGCUUCGGAUGCGUGUAUGGGGUAGACGGUGA